CUCUAAACUGUCGAGCGCUAUGAGUGUGGCCCUUCCCCAUUGUAGGAUCUCUUCCCCCUUCUAGGCUGUCUUCCCUGUCUGUAAAAUGGAAACAGGGAAGGGAUGGGGUGCUGCCCUGACUGUGCCACUGGCCACCUCUUCAGCUUCUGAAGUCUGGGUGGGAAGGGCCAAGACCUUCCACUUUGAGUUCCCCAAGUUUCUGAAUAAUCACCAUCACAGAUGUGUCUGGCAGAGUCAAGUGGAGCUGGGGCACUGUGUGGUAUAAAAAAUUUAUAUUUAUCCCCAGUCUUUGUCUCCAGUUCCUGACACAUAACUCCUAAAGACACUAGAAUCUUGGUGGUGAUAAGAAUGUCUGUUUCAUGCUAAUGAGAUGACUGGGGGCUUGUAAACAGCUUCAGAAUGGGAACUAGUCCCCAGAAGGACCAAGGCAGGAUUCCAGGGUGGGAACUUUCACCUGGCCUCACUCCCAGGAGCUAAGGCUGGUGAUUAAGUUAAUUACCAGUGGUCAGUGAUCUCAUCCUUUCGUGCCUACAUAAUAAAACCCUAAAGUAGUUGGGGUUUAGAGAGCUUCCAAGCUAGUGAACACAUUUUGUUGCUCAGAGGGUGGCCAGCCCAGAGACGGCGUAGAAGCUGAGCAGCCCUUCUCCAUACCUUUGCCCUCUCGGUAUUCCUAGGUUGUAUCUUUUAUAAUAAACAAGUAAAGUACUUUCCUAAGUUCUGUGAGUUUUCUAGCCAGUUAUUGAACCUGAUGUGAGGGGUGUUGUGUGAACCCUGGAAUUUAUAGCUGCGUGGUCAGAAGUGCAAGUGACAGUCUGGAACUUGCAGGUAGUGUCUGAGGUGGGGGAAGUUCAUGGCACUGAGCCCUCAACCUGUAGGGUCUUUGCUAAUCCAGUAGUUCUCAUCAGAAUUGAAUUGACCUGAGUGUGAGAAAGCCCCACACUUUUGGUGUCAGAAGUGUUGUGAAUGAAAACAGUUUGCUCUUACACCUUACAUACUGGUGAAGUAUGGUGGCCAGAAUGUCCCAGGUGACUGACUGGUCUGUGUUUGGGACAGGCUCAGACUCUCAGUGAUGUGGGUGCACUUCUGCGGUGGGUGACUUCUCCCCACCCUCACCCCCCAGUGUCUGCAUGUUUCCAGAGGCCGUGAGAAUGCAGCUUACAGACCUCCUGCCACAAGGAGCUUUGCUGACAGAGGUUCAGCUCCUGUGCCCUGAAAUCAUCACUGCCAUCUCCUGCAAGGGGCCACCUCCUGGCCCUUAACACUAGGGCAGGCUUCUUCUGGGAGACCUGGACCCCUCUAAGGACCAGCUUUGGCUUGAGGACCCCCAGCGCCAUGGCCUUGCCCAGCCUUCCUUAACCUGCAUAACAGUCUGGGGCUCUGGGAGCCACUACUCUCCUGUGAGGUCAAAAGGUUGGGUACAUGUGGGUGGUCUCAGCCUCUCUGCCAACCUCCUCAUUUUCUCUCAAGCAGAUUUAUGUUUAGUCCCGUAUCCAUGGCUUCUGCUCCUCAGGGGAGCUGGACAAACAAGCAAGAUGCAGGUCUGCCCUCACUCACUUCCGCCCUGGGCGCUGUUGGGCCAGCCCCAAGUCAAGUCUGGAAGCUGCUUUGAGAGUCCCCUGAGGACCUGGGCAUUCCCUCCUGCUGUCCUGUUGAGCCUGGUUCUUCUGUCUGCCCGCUUCCUAGAUCCACUGUCCACCCAUGAUGAGGUGGCCACCCUGCUCCCGCACCCUGCUGGGGGUCUGCACCCUCCUCUCCUUGGCCCUCCUGGGGCACAUCCUGCUUCAUGACUUGGAGGUGGUCCCCCGAGAACUACGAGGCUUCUCCCAAGAUGAGAUUCACCAAGCUUGCCAGCCAGGAGCCAGCAGCCCAGAAUGCCGUGGCAGCCCCAGGGCAGCGCCCACACAGUGCGAUCUGCCCCCCAACAGCCGCUUCGACUGCGCCCCAGACAAGGGCAUCACCCAGCAGCAAUGUGAGGCCCGCGGCUGCUGCUACGUGCCUGCAGAAUGGCCUCCGGAUGCCCAGAUGGGGCAGCCCUGGUGCUUCUUCCCUACCAGCUACCCCAGUUACAGGCUGGAGAACCUGACCUCCACUGAGACAGGGUACACGGCCACCCUGACCCGUGCCGUCCCGACCUUCUUCCCCAAGGACAUCAUGAUCUUGAAGCUGGACGUGUUGAUGGAGACCGAGAGCAGACUUCACUUCACGAUCAAAGAUCCUGCCAACAGACGCUAUGAGGUGCCCUUGGAGACCCCGCGUGUCAGCAGCCAGGCACCGUUCACACUCUACAGCGUGGAGUUCUCAGAGGAGCCCUUUGGGGUGGUCGUGCGGCGGAAGCUGGACGGACGGGUGCUGCUGAACACUACGGUGGCCCCCCUGUUCUUUGCGGACCAAUUUCUGCAGCUGUCCACCUCCCUGCCAUCCCACUACAUCACAGGCCUUGCCGAACACCUUGGGUCCCUGAUGCUCAGCACCAACUGGACCAAGAUCACCCUCUGGAACCGGGACAUCGCCCCUGAGCCCAACGUGAACCUGUACGGAUCUCACCCUUUCUACCUGGUCCUUGAGGAUGGCGGGUUGGCUCAUGGGGUCUUCCUGCUGAACAGCAAUGCCAUGGAUGUGGUCCUGCAGCCCAGCCCAGCCCUCAGCUGGAGAUCGACAGGCGGGAUCCUGGACGUGUACAUCUUCCUGGGCCCGGAGCCCAAGAGCGUGGUGCAGCAGUACCUGGAUGUUGUGGGCUACCCGUUCAUGCCGCCGUACUGGGGCCUGGGCUUCCACCUGUGCCGCUGGGGCUACUCCACCUCCGCCAUCACCCGCCAGGUCGUGGAGAACAUGACCAGGGCCUACUUCCCCCUGGACGUCCAGUGGAAUGACCUCGACUACAUGGAUGCCAGACGGGACUUCACUUUCAACAAGGACCACUUCGGGGACUUCCCGGCCAUGGUGCAGGAGCUCCACCAGGGUGGUCGGCGGUACAUCAUGAUCGUGGAUCCUGCCAUCAGCAGCUCAGGCCCUGCUGGGACCUACCGACCCUACGACGAGGGUCUGAGGCGGGGAGUCUUCAUCACCAAUGAGACUGGGCAGCCACUGAUUGGACAGGUGUGGCCCGGACUCACCGCCUUCCCCGACUUCACCAACCCCGAAGCUCUUGACUGGUGGCAGGACAUGGUGACCGAGUUCCACGCCCAAGUGCCUUUCGAUGGCAUGUGGAUCGAUAUGAACGAGCCAUCCAAUUUCGUGAGGGGCUCAGUGGAUGGCUGCCCAGACAACAGCCUGGAGAACCCACCCUACCUCCCAGGGGUGGUUGGUGGGACCCUCCGGGCAGCCACCAUCUGCGCCUCCAGCCACCAGUUCCUGUCCACGCACUACGACCUGCACAACCUGUAUGGCCUGACUGAAGCCUUAGCCUCCCACAGGGCCCUGGUGAAGGCUCGAGGGACGCGUCCCUUCGUGAUCUCUCGCUCAACCUUUGCCGGCCACGGCCGAUACUCUGGCCACUGGACAGGGGAUGUGUGGAGCAACUGGGAGCAGCUUUCCUACUCUGUGCCAGAAACCCUGCUUUUCAAUCUGCUGGGGGUGCCCCUGGUGGGGGCUGACAUCUGUGGCUUCCUGGGCAACACCUCAGAGGAGCUGUGUGUGCGUUGGACCCAGCUGGGGGCCUUCUACCCCUUCAUGCGGAACCACAAUGCCCUGAUCAGCCAGCCGCAGGAACCAUACAGGUUCAGCGAGACGGCGCAGCAAGCCAUGAGGAAGGCCUUCACCCUGCGCUACGUGCUGCUGCCCUAUCUCUACACGCUGUUCCACGGGGCUCACGUCAGAGGCGAGACGGUGGCCCGGCCCCUCUUCCUGGAGUUCCCUGAGGACCCCAGCACCUGGACUGUGGACCGCCAGCUCCUGUGGGGGGAAGCUCUGCUCAUCACCCCAGUGCUCGAGGCUGAGAAGGUUGAAGUCACUGGCUACUUCCCCCAGGGCACAUGGUACGACCUGCAGACGGUACCAAUGGAAGCCUUUGGCAGCCUCCCGCCUCCUGCACCCCUCACGUCUGUCAUCCACAGCAAGGGGCAGUGGGUGACGCUGUCUGCCCCGCUGGACACCAUCAACGUCCACCUCCGGGCCGGGCACAUCAUCCCUAUGCAGGGCCCUGCCCUCACGACCACCGAGUCCCGCAAGCAGCCCAUGGCCCUGGCUGUGGCCCUGACAGCCAGUGGGGAGGCCCAAGGGGAGCUGUUCUGGGACGACGGGGAGAGCCUGGGAGUGCUGGAUGGUGGGGACUACACGCAGCUCAUCUUCCUGGCCAAGAAUAACACCUUUGUAAACAAGCUGGUGCACAUGAGCAGUGAGGGGGCCAGCCUGCAGCUGAGGAACGUGACUGUCCUGGGGGUGGCCACAGCCCCGCAGCAGGUCCUCUGCAACAGCGUUCCUGUCUCCAACUUCACCUUCAACCCUGACACGGAGACUCUGGCCAUCCCUGUCUCGCUGACCAUGGGAGAGCAGUUUGUCAUCAAUUGGUCUUAACCCGGGGCCCAGCGGUGUGCUGCUCCUUCACAGACCUCCCAGUGGCCCAGCGCCUGCACCCUCAGUCGGCGGUGUAGGGGCCCUGGGUCAGAAGCGCCUGCCCCGAGUCACAUGGCACUGACGUCCUUGAACACCCAGAUCCGCUUGCGAGUCUGUCUCCCUGGCUCUGGGCCAGCAGCUUGUCUGAGUCUUCUGCCCAGAUGCCAGUCAGAUCAGUGCCCUGAGGGGUGCCCUGUAUUGGAAAUGUUUACUGAAGCUUGGCUCCUGUAGCCUGUCACUGCACUGUGUGUGCACUGUCAGCCACCACUGCCUGCCUAUGACGCAGAGCUGGUGCCUGGACAGGGUGGUACCUGCAUUGCAAGGCCCCCACCUCAGGAGGCCCUGCUGCUGGGACCCGAUGAAAGCACAGAACUGGGGGCUGCUGCAGCCUGCUUUCUGGGCUGCUGCCCCCAACUCAGCCGAGUUCACAGGACUCAGGGAACCCUCAAUCUGAAGUGCAGUUAUUUUCAAUAAAAGGAUGCACCUGAAGGUCUUGAUACAGAAGUAGGGCUCCAUCCUUGAUGGGCCCCUGAACACUUUCAGGCAGUGUGCAUGCUUCACUGUGUGCUCUCAGAGCAGCCCCCCACAGCCCACCGCUCACACCGCAGCACCCUCUCUCAGGUGACUGGAGAACAGCCAGCCAGGCCUGGUGUCAAUCACCUGAUGGGAGAUGCGCGCCCUCCCCAACCCUGCCCAAGGGCUCUGUGGACUAAAGCUGCUACGCCCACGCUUCCGUUCCCAGGUAACCACUGGUCUGCUUUUGGUCACUGUAAAUCAGUUUACGUUUUCUGGAAUUUUCUAAGAAUGGAAUCAUACAGCGAAUUGAGGGGGGGGGCUAUUAAUCCAACUGCUCUGAGAUUCAUCCAUGUAGUAUGUGUGCUUUUUCAUUGCCAAAUAGUUUGCCGUGGUAUGGAGGUGCCACAUGGUUUAUCAAAUUUUAAUGGCCUUAAGAGUGUUUUCAGCCUUUUACUGUUAGGAAUAAAGAUGUGGCCAGCAGUUGUGGACCAGUGUGAA